UUCAUAAGUUGUUGAAGGCUGUUGGAAAGAGUUUGUCUAAUUAUCCAAUGCUGCCACAACCUCCACCGAUUUAUUUAAAUACAGGAGCAAAUAAUCUCAUACUGGACGAGACAAACUAUGAUAUUCUUGCCAUGCAGAAUGAAUUUGACAAACUGAUUGAGAAUUGCAACGAAGAUCAAAUGAAAGUUUUUGAAGAGAUAAUUACUGCAGUAGAGAAAGGCCAGGGUGGUGUUUUUUUUGUUUAUGGUAGUGGUGGUUGAGGGAAGACAUUUCUCUGGAGAACUCUAAUACACAAGUUACGUUCACAGCGUAAAAUUGUAUUGCCAGUAGCAUCUUCUGGAAUAGCUACAACUCUUCUUCCAGGUGGCCGGACUGCUCAUUCUCGCUUUAAAAUUCCAAUCAUUCUUGAUGAUUUUUCUGUGUGCAAUAUAGCACACGACUCUGAUAUCGCUGCACUGAUUAAAGAAACAAGUUUAAUUAUAUGGGAUGAAGCACCAAUGACUCAUAGCUACGCGUUUGAAUGUUUAGAUCGUACACUGCGUGAUUUGAUGAAAUCAGUUGAUCCACAACGAUAUCAUCAACCUUUUGGUGGAAUAACAGUAGUUUUUGGUGGUGAUUUCAGACAAGUUCUUCCCGUAAUUCCAUUCGCCUCUCGUGCAGAUGUUGUCAAUGCUAGCAUCACCCGAUCUCGGAUAUGGAAUUUUUGCAAGGUAUUUACACUAAAUCGUAACAUGCGCUUAGGCCAAUCAGAUAGUGAAGAGAGGAAUGAGGUCUUGAGGCAGUUUGCCAACUGGGUUUUAUCUAUUGGUGAUGGUUUAUUUCCAAAUGUAGAUACAUCAAACGAUGGCAUCAAUGAGUUUGAUGUUGAUCUGCCUGAUUGCUAUUGCAACAUGUCAGAUUCAAACUCAGUUGAAAAAAUUGUUGAUGCAGUAUUUCCUGACCUUCAAAAGUUGUACCAUUCUCCACAAUAUCUUGCCGAAAGAGCAAUCCUUACUCCAACAAACAAAACUGCUUCUGAGAUCAACUCUGUGAUUGUUGAUAAAUUGCCAAGGGAAGCAGUAUCAUACUACAGUCUAGAUGAAGCUCAGGAGUUUGGUGGAUCUGAAUCUGAAUUUCCUAUGUGUUUUCCAUCCGAGUACUUGCACAAUUUUAAUAUGCUUGGUGUUCCUGCUCAUCAGCUGAUUCUGAAGGAAGGUGGAAUGGUAAUGUUGAUGAGGAAUCUUGAUCAGACAGUAGGCCUGUGCAAUGGAACCCGGAUGGUAGUCACAAAAUGCCUCAAACAUUCUGUGUAGUGUGAGGUUAUAUGUGGAUCCUCUACUGGCCUGCAUUUUUUUCAUUCCAAGAAUCGAGUGUUGUUCCAGUGAUACGAAGCUCCCUUUCAAAUUUAUUCGGAAUCAGCUUCCGCUACAAAUUUGUUAUGCAAUGACAAUCAACAAAUCACAAGGUCAAUCCCUUUCAUUUGUUGGUUUAUAUCUUCCGAAAGCUGUUUUCAGUCAUGGCCAAUUAUAUGUUGCCAUCAGCCGUGUUACUUCUCCUGAAGGGCUACGACUUUUCAUAGAUGACGA